GGCACUCCUUUUUCUUUUUAAAAAUCGCUGGGUCUGUGGCUGUCUCCUGGGGCUUGGUGCCUUUGACCGAGGCUGGAGACAGCUGCGAACAGCCACGGGCAGCUGAGGUGGCCGUGGGAGCUCCCCCGAGAUGUUCAGCCAGGUGCCCAGGACCCCGGCUGCAGGCUGCUACUAUCUAAAUCCCAUGACACCUGAGAGCCAGGAGAUGUACUUGCGAUUGGAUCAGACUGCCAGGCGCUCUCCCUACAGGAUGAGUCGGAUCCUAGCACGCCAUCACCUAGUGACUAAAAUUCAGCAAGAAAUCGAGGCAAAGGAAGCAUGUGACUGGCUGCGAGCGGCCGGGUUCCCGCAGUACGCUCAGCUGUAUGAAGAUUCACAGUUUCCCAUCAACAUCGUGGCUGUCAAAAAAGACCAUGAUUUUCUUGAAAGGGACCUUGUAGAGCCUCUUUGCAGACGACUUAAUGCGUUGAACAAGUGCGCCUCGAUGAGACUUGAUGUGAACCUCCAAAGGAAGAAGAGUGACGACUCAGAUGAGGAAGAUUUGUGCAUCAGCAACAAAUGGACUUUCCAGAGAACCAGCCGCAGGUGGUCCCGUGUGGAUGACCUGCACACCCUGUUCCCCGGGGCAGAAAGAAACGGGUCCCCAGGAGGCCCUAGGAUGAGAAACACCACCAGCAGCGAGAGUGUGCUCACGGAUCUGAGUGAGCCAGAGGUCUGCUCCAUUCACAGCGAGAGCAGCGGGGGCAGCGACAGCCGCAGCCAGUCGGGGCAUCACUGUGCCGACAGCACGCUGGUGCCGGAGGGCACCCCGGUUAGCGGCGGCCCCCCACAGUCUCCCCGAGACAGUCUCAGCUACCCUUUUCAUCCCAAAAAUGAGAAACCCGUCAGAACCAGGGCCAAGUCGUUUUUGAAACGCAUGGAUACCCUGCGAGCUAAGGGAGCCCACGGGAGGCAUAAGGGGUCAGGGCGGACAGGUGGCCUGGUCAUCAGUGGGCCUGUGCUGCAGCAGGAGCCAGAGUCCUUCAAGGCCAUGCAGUCCAUCCAGAUACCCAAUGGAGAUGUGCAGACCUCGCCUCCAGCUGCCUGCAGGAAAGGGCAUCCAUGCGCCAGUAAGUCAAGUGGUGAGAGCAGCCCCUUGGAGAACAGCAGCCAAGUGAGCACUCCGUGUAUGAAGGAGCGCAAGUGCCACCAUGAGGCCAACAAGCGUGGGGGCAUGUACCUGGAGGACCUGGACGUGCUGGCAGGGACAGCGCUACCAGAUACAGGGGACCAAAACCACACGCAUGGGUUUCAUUCCCAAGAGAACAUGGUGGUGCAUAUUCCCAAAGAUCACAAACCAGGAACGUUCCCCAAGGCUCUUUCUAUAGAAAGCCUCUCACCCACAGACAACAGCAAUGGGGUUAACUGGAGGACCGGGGGCAUCUCCCUGGGCAGACAACAGGGCCCGGGCAUGAGGGAACCCAGGCUCAUGGCAUCCUGCCACAGAGCCAGCCGAGUCAGUAUCUACGACAAUGUCCCCGGCUCGCAUCUGUAUGCCAGCACAGGAGAUCUGUUGGACUUGGAGAAAGAUGGCCUCCUCCCACAGCUGGAUGACAUUUUGCAGCAUGUCAACGGCAUCCAAGAGGUGGUGGAUGACUGGUCAAAAAAUGUCUUACCUGAACUGCAAAGUCACGAUGUGUUGGCAGGGGAGCCUGGUUUAUCCCCGUUUCCAUCUCCCAAUCAGAUCACUUUAGAUUUUGAAGGCAACUCGGUCUCGGAAGGUCGGACAACACCCAGUGAUGUGGAAAGGGAUGGGACUUCUCUGAAUGAAUCAGAGGCCACCGGGGUCAAAGAAAGAAGGGACUCUGGUGUGGGGGCCUCUCUGACCAGGCCAAACAGGCGACUACGAUGGAGCAGCUUCCAGCUCUCACAUCAGCCUCAGCCAUCUCCAGCCACCCCGCAUAUCAGCAGCCAGACAGCGGCCCAGCUGAACCUGCUCCAGCGCUUCUCACUGCUUCGCCUCACAGCCAUCAUGGAGAAGUACUCCAUGUCCAGCAAGCACGGCUGGACCUGCCUCUCCGCACGGUGCGCCCCCGGGGCCUUGCAUGACCUGGUUUCUGUGAAUUCCAGGUCCGUUCCAAAGUUCAUGAAGAGGACGAAGGUUCCUGACUACAAGGACAAGGCUGUCUUCGGUGUCCCUCUCAUAGUCCACGUCCAGAGAACGGGACAGCCUCUGCCUCAGAGCAUUCAACAAGCACUGAGGUAUCUGCGUAGCAGCUGUCUGGAUCAGGUGGGUCUUUUCCGCAAGUCGGGAGUGAAGUCUCGAAUCCAUGCUCUGCGUCAAAUGAACGAGAACUUCCCUGAGAACGUGAGCUACGAAGACCAGUCUGCGUAUGAUGUAGCAGACAUGGUAAAGCAGUUCUUCCGGGACCUCCCCGAGCCCCUGUUCACCAACAAGCUUAGUGAGACCUUCCUCCACAUCUAUCAGUACGUCCCCAAAGAACAGUGGCUGCAGGCCGUGCAGGCGGCCAUCCUGCUGCUGGCGGACGAGAACAGGGAGGCCCUGCAGACGCUCCUGUGCUUCCUCCACGAUGUGGUGAACUUGGUGGAAGAGAAUCAGAUGACGCCCAUGAAUCUGGCCGUGUGUCUGGCCCCCUCCCUCUUUCACCUCAACUUACUGAAGAAAGAAAGCUCGCCGAGAGUCAUCCAAAAGAAAUAUGCCACUGGGAAGCCGGAUCAGAAGGACCUCAAUGAAAAUCUAGCAGCAGCCCAGGGGCUCGCCCACAUGAUCACUGAAUGCAACCGACUCUUUGAGGUUCCGCAUGAGAUGGUGGUCCAGUCUCGGAGCUCCUACUUGGAGGCUGAAAUCCAUGCCCCCAGCCUGGAAGACUUGGGAACACAGCUGGCAGAGAGCGGUGCAACUUUCCACACAUACCUGGAGCAUCUUGUCCAAGGCCUCCAGAAAGAAGCUAGGGAGAAAUUCAAAGGAUGGGUCACAUGUUCCAGCCUCGACAACACAGACCUUGCUUUCAAAAAGGUGGGGGACGGGAACCCGCUGAAGCUGUGGAAGGCGUCGGUGGAGGUAGAGGCCCCACCCUCCGUGGUGUUGAACCGCGUGCUGAGAGAACGCCACCUAUGGGAUGAGGACUUCGUGCAGUGGAAAGUUGUGGAGACUUUGGACAGGCAAACAGAAGUCUACCAGUACGUGCUGAACAGCAUGGCCCCACAUCCCUCCAGAGACUUCGUGGUUCUCAGGACCUGGAAGACUGACUUGCCCAAAGGAAUGUGCACCCUGGUGUCCCUGUCUGUGGAGCAUGAAGAAGCCCAGCUGAUGGGCGGCGUGCGGGCGGUGGUGAUGGACUCGCAGUACCUGAUAGAGCCAUGCGGUUCUGGCAAGUCCAGGCUGACCCACAUCUGCAGGAUAGACCUGAAGGGUCACUCCCCGGAAUGGUACAGCAAAGGCUUCGGACACCUCUGUGCUGCGGAAGUUGCCAGAAUCAGAAACUCUUUCCAGCCUCUCAUUGCUGAGGGUCCAGAAACAAAAAUCUGAGCUGGCCCCAGUGUGACUCAAACUCAGGGAACCGGAAGGGAAACCAGCCCGAGGUGUGAGGCCUGUACAAAUGACAAGGAGAAGGAAACACUGUCCGGAGACCACGGAGUGUGUUCCUAACCUGCCGGGAGAUGGCUAAUCCCUACUAAUACAACGUCUUGGACAUUUAUCUAUGUUGCUUAAUAUUAAAUGGGCUAUUCCUUA